UCAUUUCCGCUAUGUAAAUAGUACCCAUAAAAAAGUUAAUAAAUUCAAGAUUGAUAAAAAAAAACAUUAAUAGAAAUAAUGAAAGUUUUUUUUGGAAAUGAGGAAUGUCGGACAGUACACAUUUUACUUUUCCCAAUCAUUCAUUUCAAUAAGAAUUAAUCAACAAUCACAUUCUCUUUCUAAUAACCAUGGGCAUUUAAUGCAGAAUAAUAAAUUUCUUACUAAUUGGAUUUUUUUACUUUCAUCAGUUUACAAAAAAUUUGAUGGUUUGCGACGUUUAUCAGUGACAAUUAUGCAAAAACCUGAAGUAUUAUUUAUACUUGGUGGACCUGGUUCUGGGAAAGGUACAUUGUGUUACCAUCUCGUCAAAAAAACAGGCUAUGUUCACCUGUCAGCUGGGGACCUCCUUCGUGAAGAACGUGCAAGACCCGGCUCUGAAUUUGGUGAGAUGAUUGAAACUCAUAUUCGUAAUGGCCACAUUGUCCCAGUAGAAGUAACAUGUAGCUUAUUGGAUCGUGCGAUGCAAAUGUCAUCAAAUCCUCAAAAACGAUUUCUUAUCGAUGGUUUCCCAAGAAACCAGGAUAACCUAGAUGGCUGGACCAAGACAAUGACAGAUAAAGCAAUCGUUAAAGGUGUUAUAUUUCUCGAAUGCAGUCAAGAAGUUUGUACACAACGAUGCAUUAAUCGAGGACUCAAGGGCAGUGGCAGGAGUGACGACAAUCCGGAAUCAUUGAUCAAAAGGCAUGAGACUUUUAUUAAUCAGACUAUGCCAAUAAUAAAGUAUUAUGAAGAGCGUGGAUUGCUUUAUAAAUUCAACUCCAUGAAACCACCUAAAGCUGUAGUUGCAGAUGUUUGUAAGAAACUUGAAGAAAUUGGAUUGAUUGAUGAAGAUAAAAUGUAAUUUGAUUCUUUAUUUAUGAUAUAAAAACUAUUAACUAAUUUACGUAAUCUGGAAGUCAAUGAUUACUUUGCAGAAUUUCAAGUACAUAUAAUGUAUGAAUCAUGUUAACUAUUAUCUAUGAAGGUAAAUGACCGUAAUUCUUAAGAAGUGGUUAAUUUUGGUGUACGCUAUAAAAUUUUUAUAUUAAGAUAGAAUUAAUUGAGUUGACAAAUGUACGGUCAUUCACCUUUAUAUUACCUAGUGAUAAUUUAUAUCAUAGUUUCUUUUAAAUAAAUUUAAGAUGAAUGACCCGAACAAGGUAAUAAGUAUUGCGAAACAUUCCUUCUGAGAAAAAUAAUAUCCAUUUUUCAUUAUUCAAAUCAGUAAAAGGGCAAUGUAUUUUUUGGAGAUGUUGUAAACAAACUUUUUAAUAUGUCUUUAUAGAGAUUCAGAAUGAAUAUUGAAUUAAUCAUGUAAUGUUACUAUAUUGUCUUGUUGUGAAACCACAAUUGUGUAACACUUUAAUAGGAAAAAAAAAUACGAGCUAUUCUACAAAGAAAUUCAUACCAUGACUCCGAAAUGAUACCCAAUAUAAUUUGGAUUGUUAAUUCAUAUAAAAAAUAAAUAAAAAAAAAUUUUCAAAAAA